CAACCUGCUGACUCUGACUGACAGACCGGCAAGAAUUCUGAGGUGGAAUUUCGCUGUUAAGUUUUAGUACUAAUCAGCUGUGACUGUGGUUUCCUCGUCUGACUCAUUUCUGCGUCAUUUUAUUGUUUAAAUUGCAAAGAUCCAAGGCGUGAUCCUCAAACUGUGAAGCAUCGUCGUAAAAAUGGUGUCCCUGGACAUGUUCCACGAACUCUUUGAGUCCUUGAAUGCGCUCCAAAAUGCGCCCACUUACCAUCUACUAUUCGAGGCAGGUCUUAUCGCAUGGCUUAUGUGGCUGCUCUUCAGGCCAAGCUACAACCCUCAUGACAGGGAACGGCUGACCAGAACAGAGGAACAAGAGCUUAUCGAUGAAUGGACACCUGAGCCGCUUGUUCCUGCGACGCCACAAGAUAGUAGAGCUCUGCAUCCCAGAAUUGUUUCUGGCAAGGUUGGAAAAUACAUCCAGCUUGGUGAGCGGAAUUGCCUGAACCUUGGAACCAACAACUAUCUUGGCAUGAUUGAGAACCCUGAAAUUGAGAAGUCAGCCCUGGAAUGCCUCUCUCAUUAUGGAGUAGGAUCAUGUGGGCCCAGAGGAUUUUACGGGACAACUGAGGUUCAUUUGGAUCUUGAAGACAAGCUGGCCGAAUACAUGAAGUGUGAAGAGGCUGUUGUCUAUUCUUAUGGAUUUUCGACCAUUGCCAGUGCAAUUCCUGCUUAUGCUAAGCGCUCUGAUGUGAUAUUUGUGGACGAAAUGGUGAAUUUUGCCAUUCAAAAGGGCUUAGACGCUUCUCGAAGCCAGAUCAACUAUUUCAAGCACAAUGACAUGGAGGAUCUCGAGCGGUUGCUAAUGGAACAGGCGGACUUGGACAGAAAGAAUCCAAAGAAGGCUAAGAGGACACGGCGAUUCUUGGUCGCUGAGGGAAUUUACAUGAACACGGGGUUGAUGGCUCCUCUGCCAAAACUGCUUGAGUUGAGAGAGAAGUACAAGCUGCGCUUUUUCCUUGACGAGGCGAUCUCCUUUGGAACCAUUGGCAAGACCGGACAUGGUCUCACCGAGUACUUUAACAUUGAUCCAUCUGAAUUGGACAUGAUUUCGGGAAGUUUGGAAAACUCGAUCGGGUCGAUUGGAGGCUUUUGCGUCGGCUCACACUUUAUCAUUGAACAUCAAAGGCUCUCUGGUCUUGGAUAUUGCUUUUCUGCUUCUGCGCCUCCUCUUCUUAUGGCUGCUGCCAUUACCGCGCUUGACAUCAUGCAGAGAGAUCCGUCCAUCUUCCAGACACUCAGAGACAACUCUACCUUUAUUCACUCUCAGCUGAGCAGCCAGCUGCCCUCAGACCUGAGAGUGCACGGUCACCCCGAGUCUGUCAUCAAACAUAUUCGCCUUGCCAAUCCAUCUGGGGACAAGGUCGCAGAUGAACAACUCCUCAAUGAAAUUGUCGAAGAGUGUGAGGAGGCUGGCCUAGCAUUGACAACUGCUGCAUAUCUGUCUGAUAGAGAAGUGAAUCUGCCAGAGCCAAGCAUACGGGUCACAGUUAAUGCCUUAUUGUCCAAGAAUGAAAUCGAAUUCGCAGUAAAAACCCUCAAGAAUUGUGCAGAGAGUGUUUUCAAAAUCCAACUCUAAGUCUAUCCAGAGUUAUGCUUUAAGACUUUACCAUAAGUGCAUUUUUAAUUUUUAACUGCUAUUUUCAUAAUCAUGAACGUUUUGGAAAAUUGCUUGUCGAAGAAGUUGCAAUAUAUUAUACAAAGCACAAUUAUUGUUGCAUAAUUUGUCACAGUUUGAAUUAUUGUAAGAUGAUGUAUCCAGCAGAUCUUCAAAAUAAAAACUCGCAAUUUUGUUUGAAAA